AUGCCGGUAAGUUCGACGAUGAUCGGAGCCCUACUGGGACUGGGGACCCAGAUGUACUCCAAUGCCCUCCGCAAGCUCCCUUACAUGCGCCAUCCUUGGGAGCACGUGCUGGGCAUGGGAUUGGGUGCGGUGUUCGUAAACCAGCUCGUGAAAUGGGACGAACAGCUGAAAGAGGACCUUGAUAAGAUGCUCGACAAGGCGAAGGCCGCCAACGAGCGCCGAUACAUUGAUGAAGAUGAUGAUUAG